AUUCUAUCGCUGAACAUCACUGAAAGUGGUCGUUUUGAAAAAUGUCGAAAUUCACGAAUAUUGUUCUUAUUUACUGUUGUGUGGUGACCCUAGUGGUAGGGCUGUUCGUUACAAAAGAAGAAUGUCCCCCAAACGAAGAGUAUCUCCUCUGCGGUACCGCCUGCCCUUUCAACUGCUCCAACCCUGGACCUGUUCCUGUCAAAUGUUCUGAUGACUGCAUCGAGGGUUGCUUUUGCAAGUCGGGCUUCCUGAGGAACGAUACUGGGGACUGUGUCAAUGCCGAUGAGUGUAUUGGAGAAACCAACCCAAUCUGCUCAGCCAACGAAGAGUUCCUCGCUUGCGGCACAGCCUGUGCUCGCACCUGUACUGACCCUGAGCCCUUGAACUGUGGUCUGGCCUGCAGUAUGGGGUGCUUCUGCAAAUCUGGUUACGUCAGGGAUCAGAAGACGAAUAAGUGUGUGACUUUGGAUAAAUGUCCGGUUGCUCCUCUUGUACCCUGUCUAAACCAGAACGAGGUCUACGACCUCUGCCUCGCCUCCUGCGAGCCAUCCUGCGCCGACCCCACCCCCAUCUGCAACAAGAAGUGCACCGGCGGCUGCGUCUGUGCACCCGGUCUUCUCCGUGACGGCUUUGGAGACUGUGUCAGUGUGGACAAGUGUGGGAACGGCACUAGCACUGAUGGGGCGUUGAAGCAAUACAUGGAUAUCAUUAGUAAAAUUAUGACUAUGUCCAAACCUUAGGUUUUUAAGUGUCUCUUUAUAAAAUUAAAUUAGACACACUGCUUACCUACUACGCUACUGCGUGACGAGUGUCCAAACAAUACAUUUUAGGGGUUUUUUCAUCACCUGUUAGAGUAUGUUUUGCUUGAGAACGCCACACGCGUGCGAUCAACCAUACUGUAGUUAAAUCAAAGUAAUAAAUCACUGGUCGUUGCGUCUGCGCACCCUGUCUGCUGCGUGACGGCUUUGGAUAUUGUGUCAGUGUGGAUAAGUAUGGGAACGGUACUUGCACUGAUGGGGCGUUGAAGCAAUGUAUAUCAUUAGUAAAUAAAGUUAUGACUUUGUCCAAACCUUAGGUUUUGAAAUGUCUUUUCUUAACGUUAGGUACUUUUAAAAUAAAAUCAGAUAAUGAUAUAAAUAAUGUGGCGUCUGAAAAACAGGGUAGUAUCAGUCUGACUAAUUAAGUUAAAGUUUAGUUUAGUUUUAGUUGGCUUUAAGUUUAGUUUUAAUAUUUUUAAUGUUUACUGUUACAUCGAUAUUGUUAAUACCGGACUAAUUCUAAUAAGGUCUAGUUUACCCUUCGGGUUGGAAGGUCAGAUGGCAGCCGCUUUCGUAGAAACUA